AUGUAGUAGGAUGGUAUCACCAAUAUGGAUUUGGUUUGAUAAAAUGAUUGAAAAUGGUAAGGUCAAAGGCAAAUGCAUGGUAUGCGACAAGUGUGGUUACCUCACUAUAAUUGGAAUUACAAGAGGCACUACAUCAAGUGUUAGAUAUCAUCUUAAACAUAAACAUCCAAUAGAGUGGCAAAUGUUUCUUAUGGAAGAACGAAAAAGAAAGACAGAAAAACUUGAUUUAGAAGAAGAUAAACUAAAAAAGUUGAAAUUUGAAAAACGUGAAGCAGUUAAAACAAAUUGGAUUGCAGAGAACAAUAUUCUAAUUGCCAUUGCUGGCUCUUCGUCUAAUCAAAAGAUAACAAAUAAAAGCUUUAGAUCUACGCAGAAGCCAAGGUCCGCUUUUCUUAAAAAAAAAAUGAGUGAACCAAUUGACACAAACUGCAUGACAUUGAAUCGUUUUCUACUGCAAGAACAACGUAAUUUUCCAAAUGCCUCUGGAGACUUAACUCAUCUUUUAAAUUCAAUUUUAACAGCUGUUAAAGCGAUAUCAUCUGCUGUUCGAAGAGCUGGCAUGACUAAAAUGUUUGGAGUGGCUGGUCAUGAGAACACAACUGGCGAUAAAGUUCAAAAGCUAGAUGUUUUAUCUAAUGAGUUGUUUAUAAAUAUGUUGCGUUCAUCGUACACUGUUUGUGCCAUGGUUUCUGAAGAAAAUGAAAAUGUUAUUGAGGUUGAAACAGAAAAGCAUGGAAAAUAUAUUGUUUACUUUGAUCCUUUAGAUGGAUCCUCCAAUAUUGAUUGCCUUGUAUCAAUUGGAUCAAUUUUUGGAAUAGCAAGAAAGACAGGGAAUGAUCCUGUUACAGAUAAAGAUAUAUUACAGCCAGGAAGAAAUUUUGUAGCAUCUGGCUAUGCUUUAUAUGGAAGUGCAACUAUGGUUGUCUUGACAACUGGAAAUGGUGUUAAUGGCUUUACUUUAGAUCCUACAAUCGGUGAAUUUCUUUUGACUGAACCUAAUAUGAUCAUAAAGCCAAGAGGAAAGAUUUACAGUUUAAAUGAAGGAUAUUCUGCUGAAUUUGAUGAGCCGUUAAAAAACUAUUUACAGUCCAUUAAAUAUCCCAAGGAUGGUAAAGCCCCUUAUGGCUCAAGAUACAUUGGGUCUAUGGUUGCAGACAUGCAUCGAACCAUCAAAUAUGGAGGCAUAUUCAUGUACCCAGCAAACAAAUCUGCUCCAGAUGGAAAAUUGCGUCUUCUAUAUGAAUGUAGUCCUAUGGCUCAUAUUGUUGAGCAAGCAGGAGGCGUAGCUUCUGACGGUAAGCAACACAUACUAGAUAUUGUACCUCGUAGUUAUCAUUGCAGGUCGCCGAUUUUUAUUGGUUCAAAAGAAGAUGUUUAUGAUUUUUUAUCGUUUGUUAAAUAAAUUAUCGUCUAUGUAAA